AUGAAGAAGAAGACCGUCUUCUGCACGAUCACUCCGAUCCCCUCUCACAUUCCGCGACAGCUGGCUAUUGAUAUGCUUCAUAGCCACCAGGAAAUUAUUGAGCUCAACCCCUUAGUCAUAGGAGUCAAAGCCAUAAAAGCCCCGCAGUCCGCACCUCCCGAUGAGUUCUUCUCAACCUGGUACGAGAUCACAGAACGAAUUCAGUAUGUGCCUGGCAUGGGAAGAUUGGGAUCGGGCAAGAUCAACUUCAACGGAUGCUUCCACGAUAUGCCAUGGGGUUUGCAGACACAUGUAUAUGCCCCGAUGGGCAUAGACCUCCGCAAUAAAUGGCAGAUUCGAGGCAAUCAACCUGGAGAGCCUCCCGAGACCAAGGAGCUAGGUAGUGGUGCGCCGGCAUCAGGUUUAUAUCUCAGAGAAGACAUUGAGAUCAGGUGCAACCCGGCGAUGGUAUCAUUCGUGAAAAAAGAAAUGAAAGCUUCGUCCAAAACCAUGGUCGACCGCCUAGUCAAGAAGGCUGAACUAAUCGACGCCGGCGUCUUGAACGCUAUGUUUGACGAUGGAAAGCUCAAGACUAUGAAUCCUGCCGAUCGAUCUCAGACAUUUCAAGCGUCCGGACAUUAUUCACCCGGUUUGCUGUCUCCUGCGCCGUCGGCAUUUGGUGCUCCUCCAUCACCUAGCCUUUACCCUCCCUCUGCCCAUCCACACUACGCCCAAAAUCAAGGUGCAUUCGCUCAAAAUCAAUCAGCCUAUACUCGACAAUCACAAUAUGGCAACAAUGUCCCGCCCGCCCAGGGCCUAGCCAUCGAAAUGCCGGGUAGUACGCAUUUCAUCCAAGAUAAUAAACAGAUGCAGCCUCCGCCACAUUUGCAUCCGUCCAACAAUCGCUUCUCAUCAGCUGUGUCUGAAUUGUCCGCUAGUUCUCCCCAGAAUUCACAUUUUCAAAUGAAUAGCUCUGCCUCCGACCGCCAAAGCUAUGCUGGAUCAGCAAGUUCAUAUCCUAGUUCGUAUCAUCAGGGGGAUGACGGAGCUAUACAGACUUCGCCUGGUGGGCCUAACAAACGGGCCUUUGUAGCAGAGUUACCAGCGAGUAGUGGUCAGGCUCCCAAUCCUUCACCAAGAAAUCCAAAUCCAAAUGCAAUGUCGAACCAACAGCAGACACCGCCUCAACCGCAGGUGCAGAUGCAGAACGGACAGCAAUAUCAUUACAAUCCGGCAGAUUAUGCUCGAAUGCCAUAA